CUGGCAAGGAGACAUGCUGUACCAGUUUUGAGACCUGUAUCAAAGUUGUCUAUGGACAGCUGUAAUUUAAUCAUAUAUACUCAUAACUGUUACCAACAACCUUUACACGAUAAGAUUUUAUGAGCUCCGAAGAUAGACGUGACGAAACAAGUUUAGACGAAGAGGGGUUUAAAAAGGGCACAAGUCCUUAUACAGAACCCAAAAUCAUCCUACAGGUAUCCUACAGAGACCGUGAAAUGUAACAAUCACACCCCAACAACAGACUUUAUUACUGCUGUGAAGGUGUGGACUGAUAUUACCAAGCAUGUCACAGCAGGCUGGCAUAGCAAUGGAGAUGCAGACCUCACCCAAACUGCCGGCCCUGCGUGAGGGUCAGAGCAGCCUUGUGUGUUCCCCAGAUAAGGUUUCAUCUCCACCUACCCCGCGGGAACAGGCCUCUGAGUGGGCCAAGCCUGUCAGACAGAGAAUUGAGGGUAUCCUAGCAGAGCAGGGGGACAUACCGGAUGAGCUGAAGUGUGCCGUGUACCAAGAGCUGUUCCCGGUGUUUAUUGUGUGUCUACAGCAGGACACAAGACAUGGUUGGAGAUACCUAACAGAAGUCCUGGACCUGCUCAAACCCGUACGAACCUACAUUGAACUGGAUGAUGUCAAGUCUGAGCUGUACCACUACCUGGAGAGACUCCUGUACCACGCCCAGCUCCACCGGGAGAAACUGUUUGACCUUCACAUUGUAGACUCCUUGGAGAAAGUAUUCCCGAAUGAGGUGUCCCAAAUCAAGACGGCAAGUCAGCGUAAAGUACGGAACUACUGUGUGGCUAUCCCCAAUGUCCGAGUGUCAAUGGAAUCAUCCAGUCCGCGGGUGAAGAAGAUGGUACCCGGCCCACCAAACCUGCUCUCCCUCCCGGAUGGUUCCAACCCAUACUCCAUGUACAUCAAUACGGAGGAGCAGAUACGCAUGGUGAAGCCACUCACCUUUGGUGACCUCCGCAAGUCCUUGGCAACCGUUGCUGUUGACAUGGCAACCAGGGAGUCAAUUUGGAGCCACACCCUGGGUCCUGUGGCUCAGGCCUUACAGACAGACAUCCCAGAACAUGCACAGAAGCAGGCGAGGUUAACAGAGAAGGAUCAGGGAGGGUACAAACUGACUCCGCGCACUUCCAUCUCGCACUACACGGCUGCGGAGAGAAAGUUCAAGAAAUCACCUAGAGUUGAGGAUGAGGAGGUGCCCAACAUGACGGGUCGGGACGCGGUUGCCUACUUCGUAAAGUGUCAUCACCUCGGCAAUGUUCGAUCGCUGUUCUUCAACUUUGCUCCGUCCCGAUACUUCAAGCCGUAUGAUCUCGUCUGUGUACACAAAAAUGAUGUUCAACGAGAGCAUUUUGUGUUCUCAACAUUUGGCGUUCUCCACGUUCUCCCCGAUGCCCCAGCAGAAAGUCUGACGUUGGCGGAGUGGCAGAGAGAUGCCGUAUUGUGGAAGGCUGUGUCACACAUACCAUUCUUUAGGAACUACCUCAUAAGGAAAAUGUUUGACAGGUGGCGAGCCAACAAACUAUACCUGGAUUAUCUGCGUCACAAGCAGAAGAUAUCAACAAGCCUGCUCCAGAACGUUCCGGUGUUUGGCGCCGCCCUCCUUCAGGUGUUACGACUGCUGAAAGAGCUCAUCACUGUAACAUUCCUGCCAUUUGAUACAGAUAAAAUGUACCAGCUGUCAGACUUUGAAAACAAUGUUAACUACAAGAACAUCCAGGCAGAGAAAAUCUUAGAAAAGUUCUUUACGUACUGUAAGAUGGUUGUGGACAAGACUGCAGAGGAAUCGUUCAACAAGCUGAGAUACUGUGAGGAACAGGUCAAGAAGAAGACAUACUUCUCGAAGGACUCCCUGCACAUGCAGAAAUUCAAGAAGGAACAACGAGAGGAGAACUUGAGACUUGCCAGGAGUGAGACUGGGCGGCUGGGCAACUUUGUGAAGCUGGUUGACCAGAUGAUUGUGGAGCACAUGUUCCAUCUCACCAAGACCCAAGUCACGCUGUUUGUAACAACGGUACUCGACAUCGGCCAGAUACCGCUACGGGAUGGCUUCUUCAAGGCUAACUUGGUCUACACCAAACAGGAUGUGCUGGGAAUAUUCCCUACAAAAGAGAAGCUUACCAGAGUCCUGACUAGUACGCUACGGGGAAUCCCCACUGUGCUAUGUGGAAAGGCCGUCCCCAUGGACGGGUCUAUUCAGGAACCACAGACCGACCGUGAUGGGUUACCGGAGGAGACAGAAUCUACACAUCUCAAGUCUGAGGCUGCAAAAUCCAUCUCAGACUAUAGACCCCAGCUGUCAGAGAGACGUAAAAGCACAGCAGCAACAAGCUCGGUGAAGCAGGAGAGUCGCACACAGAUGUCAGAGGGUGUGUCCCAGGCCGGAGAUACGAUGACAGUGAUAUCUGGGGCACUCACGGAGAGAACCAUUCCUAUGUCGAAGACACGCUCAACUGUUGGAGAUGAUAGUGAUAUGAGGUUUCCUGAAAUGCCCUCUGAAGACACGCAGACAAAGGAUGAAGAUGAGAUUGGUAUCGCCACACCUGACCUUGUGAUUCCACAUGAAGGUCAAAACCUGCUGGUGGAGGGCGAGGGGUUUAUGGGCCAGUACCAGCCCCUGUCUCGGGCCAGCCUGGAGGAGAAACUAGAUAAGGAUUGCCAGUUCCAGGAGAUGCUUGGAGUCACCAACAAAUUGUUGAAUGAGUCUCUCGAGGAAAUCGACCAGUACUGCGACUUCAACAAGUGGCUUAACGAGAUACAUGCCUUCUGUAAACGAUGGACUGAGAAAUCUGUACGAGAAUUCAAGGGGGAGCAGGCUUUUACCAUUGAGCAAAAGCUGACAGAGCUACGCCAGUGGUCUGAAAAGGUCCAGAACUUCGACCACAGUUUUCACACAGCCAAUGGACUCUUCUAUGUUGACUGUAGCCACAUACAUGACAACCUACUGCCUAGGUUGAAUGACAUUUACUCGGAGCUUGUGACAUUCGUGGCUGAGGAGGCCAAGAAUCUGGCCGACAAUUUCUGUACUGAGAUGAAAACUGUCAUUGCGAAUAUGAAGAACAAGGAACCAGAAGUUGACAUGUUUGCCACAUAUGCGAAGAACUACAAUCAGUACAAGAAGAACACAGCGUCCUACCAGCAGAAGGUCGAAUACAUCAAGUCACUCUAUGAGGUGAUUCGUAUGAGUUACCGUCAGCUGACGUCAGAGGAGGAGAAGUAUGAGGAGAAUGUGUGGGCCGCGUGGGAGGCCUUCCUCCUGCAGAUGCAGGACGCAUCAGAGUUUGUGAACACACAGACACCACUCAUGACUCAACUACUAGAGGAUACCUACCAGCCUUCAAAGUAUGAAUACGAUAUUGAGGAGAGUCUAUACAUGAAACUGGAGCGCGAGGCUUAUGAGCUGGAAGAAGCUGCAACCAAUGGGAAGUUCCUGGACCCCGAUCAGAACCCCACUGCUGUACUCAUGGACAUGAAACAUAUCCGAGACAAGUUCUAUGACAUCCAGACCCAGCUGCACAAGGCAUCUAAGUGGCGUGAGGCGAUCUGCGGAGAACCAUAUGACCUUGCGUUCCUCACAGACAUGAUGGUGAAGUUGGACGUGAGGCAGGAGCUCUGGAAGUAUGUCGAGGUCUCCACACACGCCAUCAAGGACUGGAAGUCCAUGCUGUUUAAGAAAAUGAACAUCAAGAAAGCCCUGGAGAAGGUUAUUGAGUGGCAGUCGGCAGUUGGCCAGCUGAAACCGUACCUCCCUCCCCAGGACAGGGUGCUUACUUCAUGGUUCAAGAUGCUGCAGGACUUCAAGAAAGACCUUCCCGUCCUCCAUAAACUGGCAAAUGAUGCCCUUAAGGAGCGCCACUGGAAGGCAAUCUUUGUAGGUAUGAAUGAAUCCUACGACCCUAAGAAACAGUUCACAGUUUCCGACCUACUGACCUACGACCUCAAAGACCAUGAGCAGCUCGUAAACCAGAUCUACCUGGGGGCCGUGGCUGAGUAUGACCUUGAACAGAAGAUAGGGCAUAUGAAGAAAUUCUGGCUUGAGAGGGAGUUUAAACUGGCCAAGCAUAUACCAGACAGCCUGCUCGCGUCUAAAGAGAUAAAACUCAGACAGCUCAAAGAGUAUGUUAAACUUGCCAAAGAAAAACGAGCCGAGCCUAGUAAGAAGCCCAGCAGUCCGCGACGUCGUACAAAACUGGAGAAGUACCGACAAGAGAAGGCUCGCCAGGACCGGGAGGGAGCAUUUGCUGGGCUCAAUGUGGCAGAUGACGACUACUACAUUCUGAUUGAAGUUGAAGAGCUCAAGUAUCAGCUUGAGGAUAGUAUGAUCAGUAUAGCUGGGAUGAUGCAGUCUCCAUACCUUGGUGAUAAUACAGCUGAGGUAGAGUCACGGUGUAGUGCCCUUCAACAGGUGGAGGAAAUCACAGACCUCUGGUAUACCUGCCAGAAAAAGUGGAUGUACCUGUUAAAGGUAUUUGAAUGGCCCCAGCUGUACAAACGCUUCAAGAACCAGGCCGCUAACUUUGAGUUCAUCCAUAACAAGUUCAAGAACUGGAUGCAGGUGGUAUCCAAUGACUCGAAGGUCCUGACAGUGAUCAACCGACGACGGGGUGAAAAGGGGUACCGUCUCAUGCAGGGGGACAAACUCCGCGCAGACUUCCUGGAACUUAUACAAAAACAGGAGGAGAUAUUGAAACAUCUGACUGGCCUGAUGGACAACUGUCGACAGGAGUUUACACGCCUGUAUUUCCUGUCCGAUGAAGAGCUGGUCGAGAUGUUGGGCGUGUCCCGUAAUCCCCAAGCCCUCACGCCCUUCGCCAAGAAGUGUUUCCCAGGGAUACAGUCGCUGGCGUUUGCCCUGCCCCCUGGGACAUCAAGUUUGAAUACACACCUGGACUUUGCUUUGCAUGCUGACAAGCUCCAGGUCAUUGCUGUCCGUGGUGCUAUGGGAGAAGAACUACCAUUCUUUGCCCAUCUGGAGGCCCAGAAGAAUUCCACACGCUGGCUGAAACUCUUGGAGAGCAUUAUGAAGAACACAGUAGCAACAAUUCUGCAGGCCUGUGUCCAGACCAGGUUGGAAGAUGGAGGCAAAGUUCAAGCUCUGGACAUCCUAGAAGAGAUGACAGCAGUGUAUCGAGCCAAGUCGGAACAGACAGAAGAAGACCUAGCUGUUGAACUGAAGCAUGUGUACGGCCACUGGAUGCUCCGGUUCCCAACCCAAAGUGUGCUGGUCACUGAGGGUAUCCUUUGGUCCAGGGCCAUCAACCGCGCUCUGGAGAAGGAACACAGUCAGUUGGAGGACCUCAGGUGUCUGAGGACCAACUAUGAGGGAAGAUUGAGUCAGUAUGUGGAGAUCUUGAAGGAGAUGCAUACAACUGGUGCCAGCUCCGAGGUCCAACACAGACUACAGUGUCUUAUAACUGUCCUGGUCAGCCAGAACAUCCAGCACAGGGACAAUUUGACAGCUGUAAUGUCUGAGCCAGAGGUCAAUGACAAGUCUUUCACUUGGCUGAGAAUCCUGCGUUACAAUAUGGACAUACGGAAUGUUCUCAGGGCAAAACAGGAACCCAUUGAUCCUGCCCCACCCCCUGGCCAGCCCGACUUUGCCGCCUCACGUCGAGCCAAACAAGCUGUCAGGAGAAAGAGCAGGAAGGAAUCUUUUGACUCGAGCCCGAUGCAAUCCUUAAGCCGCACGAAGACGAGUGUCUCCACUGACUUCCAGUUCAGUCGGUGCACAGUCCACCAACUUGGGAACAUCUUCCACUAUGAUUACGAGUACCUCGGACCCUCUGAGCGCCUCGUGAUGACCCCGCUCACAGAGCGUGCGUUCCUGUCCUUAACACAGGCUGUGAAGAAUUUCCAUUGUGGGACACUGAUUGGACCACCAGGCAUGGGGAAGUCAGAGACUGUGAAAGAUCUUGCAAAGGUGUUUGGGUGUUGUCUGUACACCAUCAGCUGUAACAGUGAGGUCACACUACACAUGAUGACCCAGUACAUGAUGGGGAUGGUCCAGUCUGGAUGCUGGGCUCUAUUUGAUGACACAGACAGGCUAACCAAAGGUCUAAUGUCAGUGACUUCCCAGCACCUAGACCAUCUCCGUACAGCCCUGAGGACACUUGAUGUCUCCAGUGAAAACCAGUACAAGAUACGGGGCCAGCCCCGCUCUGAUAAGAAAACUGGUGUAGGUGACGCAGUGAUUCGACGGAACUCCUUGACCACUCUUCACCCGUUACCACACACUGCCACGUCACCCCAGCUAGAAAGGCAGAAAACUGUGCCGCAUGGAUUCAAUGAGAAGGGACUGGUGACAUACUUUGAGGAAACGUGGAUAGCCGAGAAGGAACAGAGACGACACUCCAUCGAGAGGGAGAUUGAAAUACAGGAAUCAGAGCUUUACAACAAAAACAAACCUCCUCCUCUCUUCUAUGAGAGUACUUUAGAAAAGAUAUAUAAGUUUUACAUGGACCCAAAUGCAAAGCAUGCAAGAUUCAAGGGAAAGAAAGCAUCUCCUGACUACAGUAAGCUUCUGAAGGAGGCAAUUUACCGCAGUGAGUUCCUCGGGAACAUCAUGUUCAACGGCAAGCUUGUUCAGGCCAACGCCAACUUUGGCUGCUUCAUGACCCUCAACAUCACCAAUCCUGCUGCCGCUGUUAUACCCGAAACAUUCAGGGUGUUGUUACGUCCGUGCGCGAUGGUACAGCCAGACUUCAAACCCUACAUCGAGGCUGCCCUACUAUGCCACAGUUACCAGGACUAUGCGACCUGGGCACAGAGGCUUACACUGUUUGUCAAACUCUUCAGAAUGCAGCUCCCUAGGAAGGCUCAGUAUGCCGUUGGAAUGCGGGAUAUAAAGAUGGUUCUGAGUGUGGCCAUACCUACACUGAGGGACCUCAUUGAACUGCAACAUAACGAAACAGUUACCUUUGAGGAGGUCAAAGCCCAGACGCAGACAAGACCAGACACACCACCCCUGAUAAAUAUGAAACCCCGUGAACUGGAGGAACAGUCCAUUGUCCAGGGCCUUCUAGACACAUUCAGUCCGGCACUAGAGACUGAGGAUGAUGUCUCCGCAUUUCUCAACAUUCUGCGGGAUGUCUUCCCACAGAGCAACCAGUCAAAGUCCAUGUCAGACCCGUACCAGGACAUGAAACUGGUUAACGCAGUCCGGGAUCAACUGAACGAGGAUAAUAUGAAGGAAACGCCAGAGAUCAUGGAAAAGAUCUUACAGUUAUACUCAACCAUCCAGCAGAGCGAGUCAGUGAUCAUCACUGGGGCAGCGGGCUCAGGCAAAUCCACCUGUCUUGGUGUGCUUGCCCGGGCGCUGAACCGCCUCAACUACCUCCUGUUUGCGCCCGACCACUCCAAGGAGGAGUUGACCACCGACCGCGGCAUGGCCUUCCACACCAAACAGAAGCUACAAGACCUGGGAAUGGAAGAGUUCAUUCCUGCUGAAGAGGAGUUCCUGUCCAGACUCGGUGCACCAAAGCCUGAGUCUUCCAAGGGCCUCAAGAAAAUGAAGCAUGCUACUUCAAUCCUGACCAAGAUCAGUGAGGCUAUACAUGAACUUGAGGUUAAGAAAUCCCCAGAGUAUGCCAUGUUUCCGAAGAUUGACCUGGUCAGACUUAACCCCACAGCACUCUCCAGUCAAGAGCUCCUGGGUCAAUUCAAGGAUGGCCUUUGGCAAGGUGGGCUGAUACAGAAAGUGCUACGAGAUGCCAGCUUUAUGUCCGAUGCUGUCAAAACCUACCUGAAAAACAAUAAAAAACAGGAACAAACUAAACAGAAGCACAAGUCUGACCUUCCGUCUGUCCUGCUGAAGUGGAUCGUACUUGAUGGUGUGCUCCACCCCAACUGGACAGAGGGGCUUAACACGGUGUUGGACAGUGAGAGAAAACUGUCCAUGGCCAAUGGCGGGCAUGUGCACUUCAACGUUGAGAGCACCAAACUACUGUUUGAGGCUACAGACCUGACUAACAUAUCUCCCUCCACGAUCGCCCACUGUAACAUCAUACACAAUGGGGACGCCACAGUCAGCUGGACAUCAUUGUUUGAGUGCUGGGCCAAGACAGCCAAGUCCAAGUGGAUCUUCACGUCUGACUGCAUGAAAGUGAUCAUAGACCUGGCUCUUGAUAUAUUUGGACCCACAAUCAAGUUCCUGAACUCUGAGUGCACUGUUGCCCUGCUUACUGAUGUAGGUCAUUCUGUUGCCAUGGCCAACAGGGUGAUUCCUGGAGUACAGGAAGUGACAUCAUUUGUCAUGAUGUAUUCUGCCCUACUGGACAGGGGUUAUUCCAGGGAUGAGUUUGAAAAGAAGAUUAUAAACAGGGAACCAGACGAGGAAACGAAACUGAUCAUUAUCUCAAGGCAUCUGGACCCCCACCGCUUUGAGAAACAAAAGCCUAUAUAUGAAGACUGCGUGUCCCUAGACCCGUCCAAGAUCCAGACCCCCGGAAACAGCACAUGUGGCACCAAUAGCAGAAUGACCAGUAGCUCCCAGAUAGAAAACAACAUACCCAACUAUAUGGAACAGAUGAAGGGGAUGUUUGCAAUGGCCUACAUCUGGGCAUUUGGUGGAAAUCUACAUGAUAGACACCGGGAUAAGUUCUGCAAGUUUGCCCAUGACAUCCUGUAUGGUGCCCGGCACCAGAUCCGGAUACCCAUGUCUGGUAGUGUGUUUGACUUCUGCCUGGACCACAGCACUGGAGGCUUCAUCAAGUGGAGCCAGAAAGGUCAAGAGAAGUCAAAGAACAUCGCCCAGGGUUACGUGAUGACACCGGAAGUGGAGAAGUACACGUUCCUUGUGGAUCUUCUCGUGUCUUCACAUCAGCCCGUACUCCUGGCCGGGCAGCCAGGGGUUGGCAAGACUUCACUUAUUCAUAACAUGGUGCUGCCGAAACAGGUCUCAACAACAAUCACAAUGUCACCAGGAAUGUCAUCGGCCAUCUUCCAGGAGGCCAUGAUGGCUCACAUCAUAGAGUUGAAGAGUAAGGCCCUGAACGUGAUCACCUCGGGACAGGCUGCCAACACCAAGGGCGUGCAGAAACAUCUCUUCUUCAUAGAUGAUCUGAACACGGCUCCAAAAACGGAAGGCUACCAGCCCCCACUAGAGCUGUUGACCCAGAUGUUGUCCCAGGGCGGUGUGUAUGACCGACAGAGACAACAGUUUCAGGAGAUGAAUGAGGCCAUCAUUCUGGCCGCCUGCACUCAACCUAAUUGUCCAGGUGUUGGUAUGGGAGAGUCAUGUCAUGUGAUGUCCAGCAGACUCACACGGCUCUUUAUGAACCUGACCCUGUUUUUCCCAAGCGCGGAUGGAAUCUUGUCCACAUUUGGCCGGAACAUCCAACACUGGCUGGAAGAAUUUCCUACAUACUCUGUGGAACACCACUUUGAGUUUGCCAGGGCACUGACCCUGGGCCUGCUAGAGCUGUACACCAAGGUCAAGGAGAAAUUCCGGCCCACACCCGCACAUGCCCACUACGUGUUCACACUACACGACAUUUCCCGGGUGGUACAGGGCAUACUGCUUAUGUCUCCGAGAUCCAGAACUCGCAAGAUGAUGAAGAUUAGGAAAGAAAAACGAGGCAGCCAGACCACAUCUCGGGCGACGUCCCUCGACUCCCGAGGUCGGCAGAGUCUGGGCUCCCUCAGUAACUCUGGGGACAAGGAGCCCGCCAGCCCAACACCACCCAUGAUGAAGGUUAUUGCCCAGCUAUGGUGCCACGAGUGUACUCGGACAUUUGCGGAUAGGCUUGUCACUGAUGAAGAUUCCCAGUGGUUUGGUCGUAUAUUGGAGGAGAUUGUGUUGAAGCAGUUUUGCAGCCCACGAGAAGACCCCAAGGUUGAAAUGGCCGCCAUAUCGGAGGAAACAUUCUCACAGUCACAGAGCGGCCCAGCUAGCCCCAGAGUGACCCCUCCCCCUCCAAAGGCCAUGACCCCAUCUGACACAGAAGGGGAACAAGAAGAAGGGGACAUGGAUGAACUAGGGAACACACAACGGACUAGUGAAUCAGAGAGCUCCAAGUCAGAAAAGUCCCUCCAGUCACAGAGCUUAUCUAGGGCAUCCCAGUCUACCCAGGGAUCGAUGAAGAAGGAUAGUAUCACUGACUCAUCUGGUGACACCCAGUCUGGAGGGCUGGACAACACCAUGGAAAAUGAAGACAGCCCAAGAGAGAAUGGCCACACACCAGCAGGAGCAAAGGGCAUGGUUUCUGAGACGGAGUAUGAAACAGAGGAUUCAGAGUCGGAUAUUGAAACUGAGACAGAAACCGAUACGGACACUCUCACUGGAACACCAAGGGAUUUGACCGGGACAAUGGCCACUACAAUAGAUGACUCAAGCAGGGGCACCUCUAGAACUUCAGAGUUUAUUCCUCCUGCCACAAUGACAACAUCGAAAACAACGAGUACAUCAUACAAGUAUUCAUCGCAGAGUACAGAGACAAGUGAUUCUGACCAGGCAAACGUACGUCACAAACGGAAAACUAAGUUUGCUGAUGACUACACAAAGAGCACACCUCGCUUCAAGAAGCAGUUUACCCAGCGGGGCAGCAUCUCCUCGCGGCAUGUGCACUUCAAGCCCGGGCUUAUGACAGACAAGGAACAUAUUGCAUACUUUGGCCCGCUUAUAAAACUCGAGGAGAUAAAAAGUUCUUCUGACUCCCUUACAGAUUUUCUCUUCAGCAAGUUCUUCAUGACCACCCAUACCGAGACACUUAGCAUGUCUAUUGAGAAAGGCUACACAGAUACCACAGAAGACGUUUUAGCUGAGGCCCUCCAGACCUGCCUCAAUGUUUACAAUCUGGGAACCUCACAAAGGCUGGAGCUGGUCUUCUUCAAACAGGCCAUUCAGCAUGCUGCAAGGCUUAGUAGAGUUAUGGCCCUGCAAGGGGGUCACGCCCUGCUCCUGGGAACCUCAUAUUCCACUGGCAGAGCAACUCUUGUGAGACUGGCCUCAUACAUAGCCCAUUGCAAGGGUGGUCUCCUAGGUUACUGUUGCCUUAGAAACUGUAUUGGACUGUACGAGCCUAAACCCCAGACGGACACAUCCAAGAAUCUGCGGAUCGUGCGUGAGCACAUAAAGCGAGCGUGUCAGCACACAGGAAUCCUGGGAAAACCAACAGUGCUCCUUGUGCACGAGGACCUCGGGUUUGACUGUCUACAGGAUGUCGCAGCUGUUAUGGCUGAAGGUACAAGUCCUGGUCUGUAUACUGAGCAAGAGAUGCAGGAGAUUGUGAGUCAGAUGAUGCCCGGUGGCGUGCAGACCAAGAGGAUUGACAAGAUAGAGCAAGCCUUUGAAAGGUUCCUUAAGAGAAUCAAGCAACACCUACAUGUGGUCGUCUGUCUAAGCUACAGAGGGAACAGCUUCAGCUCCAAUUUCAAGAGCCUACACAAAGUGAUGAGUAGAUUCCCCAACCUGCUUAAGUACUCCUGCUGUGUAGACCAUUACCAGCCUUGGCCGUAUGAUGCUUACGUCAAGAUUGCUAAAGUCUGGCUGCAAGAUGAGAGAUCAAGGGUACAUGUGGACUGGCACUCCAGUAAGAAAGAAGACCAGGUAGACAUGACGUCUAGAGCCAUGGCUUAUGUCCAUAUGUCAGCCAAGGUGGCCCUGGAGAGGCAAUACUGCCACCAGAGGGAGCCUCUGAGAUUCUUCUCGCCUCUAACCUUCAUGGAGUUUGUGCACAUCUUCAGGAUCAUCUGUGCCUAUAUUGUGAAGAGGGAAACAGGUAAUAUUUACAAGCAUGAGCAAGCCCUUGGCAAGGUGAAUGAGGCGUUUGGAAGCAUUGAUGAUUUCCGACGUGAGGUGUCAAACCUGAGUCCUCAACACAAGGCUGCUACAGAGGAGAUUAAAGGCUUGGUGGAGCAGGUGGAGGCUCAGAAACAGGACUAUAUUGUGGCCCUGGACAAAUGUAAAGACCAGGAGGCCCUUAUUGAGGAGCUGCAGGGACCACUGGAAAGACUGAGGAAGGACGCACAGUCUGAGUUUGACAAGUUUAAGAAGUUUAAAGAAGAGCAUGGUUUUGCUGACUACUACACCCAAUCACAAUACAGGUUGAACCCAAACUACAAGGCUGCCAUUUUGGCCCUGGACUCCCUGAACAGACAAGACCUGGAUGAGGUGAAGAGUUUCCGUGAGCCACCAGAGCUUGUGAAAUAUGUGGUCAAUGCACUGUGUCUGCUGUAUGACAAACCACAGGACUGGGAGAAUGGGAAACUGCUACUGACCCGGGAGAAUUUCGUCCAGGACCUGAUCUUCUAUGACAAAGACAAUAUACCGGAGGAGAUUUUCCAGGAGCUAUCAAAGCUAGUUAAGGAGCCAAUGUUCCAGCCAGAGCUUGUCAUGAGUGUCAGCAAGGCCACGGCAGGGAUCUGUCAGUGGGUCCACUCUGUACAGAAGUACUCGGAAAUUCACAGAAACAUGCAACCACGGCUGAAAAACCUGCUGGAACACGAGGAGAAAUUCACAAAGGCCCAGGCAAAGCUUGGUCAGCUCCGUGUUGAUGCUAACAGGCUGAAAUCUGCCCUUGAGAGGAAAAUACAGGUUCAUAAGGCUGCGGUGAAGAGGGCCAAGACAUUGUAUAGGCAGAUGCAGAACAUUGAGAGGAAGAUAUCUCGAGCUGUGAACCUCAUGGAGAACAUGUCCAUGCAGAACUUCAUGUGGAAAUCUGAACUGAGGAAGGCAAAACACCAGAUAUUCACCGCUCCUGGGGAUGCAUUGAUUACAGCGGCUUGUGUCUGCUAUCAGGGACCUCUGUCUGACAAACUGAGGGGAGAAUUACUGCAGGACUGGUUAGACAGAUGUAAGCAGGGCAACUUCACACUGCCCAAGUCUAUAGGCCAGGAAGUGUACCCUCUGGCUAACGGGUCUGACAGCCUGUUUGCCUUCGAGAAACAGAAGGACCGAGAUUCCAUCAGUGAUGCGUCUAGCUCGGUGGAGACACAGAGUGAGAGUGGCAUGCCUGCACUGCCCCAGGUCAAGACUUUCAGGUACCAGCCAGUUGUGUAUGACACCAGCAAAUACUACAAGUCUGAGCUGAAACGUCAUGGGAGUGUGGAAUAUGAACCUCCAAGUAAUGACAUGGAAGAUUCUGAUGAUGAAGAGGAACAAAGUCUUCUGAUGACCAGGAAUGCUUACACACUACAGGACAUCCUCAGUGACUUUGAUGAGCUGAGCACAUGGCGACUGGAGGGCCUCCCUACAGACCUCCACUCUGUCCAGAAUUCCCUCUUAAUGCGUGUGAGCUGCUAUAAUCGCAAACACUGCUGGCCCCUGCUUAUUGACCCCGAUAACCAGGCAGAAACAUGGGUCAAGGCCAUACAGACUAGCAGGAAUAUCUUCUCAGAGAAAGACGUCACUGAUGGAGAUGAAAGUGAUUAUCUUGACCUGCCCCCAGUCCCAGUCUCUGAAGAGAAAGAUGAGGGCUCCCCAUCACCGCCCCCCAGUAGAGGGACUGGCAUCACGUUCUCUGACUACACCGUGGAGUACCCGCCCGAUGAUGAAUCCACUCGGAGGUCUAGCACUACCAACACUUACACCAACACAGACUACACUAAGAGGGACGGUUCAAGACUAUCAUUUGAGAGUGAGCAGCUCAGACCUGUGACCUCAGUGACGGCAAGCUGGGAGGCCUAUAGUCUACACCCGGACUCCAGUAUAGAACACCCGGAACACAACCUGUGGAUCAUAGAGGCAGAUGACCCCAUGUUGGACAGCAGGCUUAUCAACGCCAUUGUCCAUGGAGUAACAGUGCUAAUCACUCACCUUGAGCGUAAACCCAUCGACCCUCUGUUCCGAGGCCUUCUACUGAAGCAUUUCUAUGUGGACAAAGAUGGGAACAAGGUUGUCCGGGUGGGCAACUACGAGUUCCAGUAUCACCCCAACUUCUGCCUGUAUCUGUCCACCUCUGUGCCUCUCUUCCUUAAAGGGGAUGGCCUUCAUAACGUGCCAAUUCACCGGAUGUGUAUAAUCAACAUGGCCCUCAGUGAUGAGGCCAUCAUCAACUACCUGCUUCAUGAGACCAUGAGAGUUGAGCGUAAGGAGUUUGAAGGACAGAAAAGGUCGAACGAGAAUGACAUCAUACGACACAGGCAGAAACUCGCACAGGAACAUGAGAUGAUCCGAGAGAAGACAUUAAACCUAUUUGGACCAAUCCUGGAAGACCAGACAAUGCUGGACUCUCUGAUCAACUGUCAGAAAGAAGUGGAGAGGAACAAGAUGAUCUUGGAGGAGACGCGUUACAUGGGCGACCACUUGGAAGAGAAGUUUUCCCACUACGUUCCCAUGAUCAUGCAGGCCGCCAUGUUGUAUAGCAUCAUACAGCGAAUGUCCAUCCUACACUCAUACUACUACAUGCCCUUCUAUAAGUUUGUGGAGAUGUUUACAGGGGUCAUCAAGGCCAGGGACAGAGGCAAAGGAACACAGGGAGCCCCAGCAUCCAGAGCAAAGGAGCUGUCCGAUGCCGUCUACUCCAAUGUCUUCAAGUAUGUCUCCAUGAUGAUGUUUGAACGACACUUCCUUCUGCUACAGUGUCUGGUUGCCCUGGAGAGGCUGCGGCUCAACAAGAAGGCCUCCAACAAGGAACUGGGCAUCUUCCUGAAUGGCUUUGACAAACAGGGCGUAGAGGAGGCUGCGUUACAGGACAAAAGGCCGGAUUGGAUAGACCCACAUGCAUGGGUUGAGUGUCUGGUCCUAGAGCAGGUCCAUCACGCCUUCCACGGCCUGCGGAGAUCCCUUAUUGCCAAUUCUGAACAGUGGAAGGAAUACUUUCAGCAUCCUGUAGCCCUGAUGAACACUGUACCAGGCACAACCAUGCAGGACCUGUUCAUCUUCCAGAAAUGUCUUCUCUGGAGAUUUGCCUGUCCACACAGGCUUGCUGAAGUAUGUCAGGCCCUGAUCCUGUUUGAGCUGGGUAGUAUCCGUACCGUCCCGGACCACUACAACAUACGGGAGGUCUAUGACUGCACGUCCAGCACCACACCGGUCGUGUUUGUACUGCCCAAUGACAAACAGGACAUGGAGGCUUCGGAGGCAACCAAAGGUCUACCCUAUGUGAGCCCAUCCCACGAGGUGAAACGUCUUGCCAAGGAGCUGGGUAUGGAGGGCAAGGUCAAGGUCAUGAACUUCGGGGUGCCCGGGCAGGUCGCUGAGGCGAAACAAGCUGUGGAAGACUGUAUAAACACUGGAAAUUGGCUACUGCUACAAAACUACCACCUUGCAGAGGAACCAGAGCCAGACUUCUUCCAGUUACUCAAAGAGAUUGUGUACACAAAAUGGCAGAAAAAGAGGGAUCAACAUGAGUACUCUUCAAGCCAGCAUGACGACCAGGUCACGCUUGUGGCCCCAUCCAGGGCCUCAAGGACCACUGCCGAGCUCAAGAUAGCAGAUACAUUCCGUCUCUGGAUCACCACACAGUCCGAUAUUGGCAGACUCAUACCAGGAGUGUUGGUACAGCAUGGUAUCAAGGUGACGGCAGAGAGCACAGGGAACUUCAAGUCCACACUACUCAAGUCAUACCGCUCUGUAGCCUUCCUACUGAACAACUUUCAGCUCUCCCAAGAGGAGACGUCAAAUGACAAGAUGGCCAGGAUCAUGCCUCUGGCCCUGCUCCAUUCCUUGUUGCUGCAACAGUGUUACUAUGGCAAUGGAGUGUUCAACACCCAUCACCACUGGUCACUCACUGACCUUGCCAUGGCCGUAGAUGUGUAUAAGAAGGUAAUGUUGCGGUGUACAGCCCGUGAGGAGAUCCCCAGGCUGGUAGCUCAGACGUACACCAACCACUGUACAGACAGCACUGACCGGGCAGCAGUACAGGCUCUAGUACAGACACUUGUACAGUAUGCUACCAUCCCGCUAGAUAAGUUUCCCAGCCAGCCAGAUGAGUCUAUUGUCCGCCUUCUCCAGCGUUUACUUCACAUGGACGAGGGCACAUUCAACCUGAAACGCUCUAUCGACUCUCUUGAUGAGCUUGCUGCUCGUACAUUUGGGCUCCCGGAUGCUGCCGACCUGGAUGUAACAGCAGAAUUUAGCAGCAUCCUGUCCAGAGACAUGGUCCAAGUGAUUGGAGCCCCGGAGUUGUUUAGUAGAGUCACCCUGGGUCACAGCGCCGCAGUGAUAGCACGGGAGGCCAUCAUUCCACAUUACAUAUCCAUUGUUCAGGGCCUCCCUCUGCUCCCAGAUACAAACAGGAACCAGUAUCUGCCCCUUGACGUUUUCUUACAUUACGAGGCGGAGGGAUACAGAAAAUUGAUUGAGACAAUUACCCUGGAUUUGAAUCUUCUGCAGCGCAAGGCGAAGGGGGAAAUCCACACAUCACCAGAGCUGAAUGAAGUGAUAUAUGCUAUAAAUAGAAACAAAGUGCCUCCCUCUUGGACCAAUCAGGGAUUCCAGUCUGCCAACAGUCUUUCUGAUUGGCUGUUAGAACUGUCAUUAAAACUGAAGCAUCUGAAGUCGUACAUAAUGGAUGACAAGCCGGCUACCUACAACCUGUCUGUAUUUCAACGUCCAGAUCGCUUCUUGGAGUCUGUGAAACAGACCUACGCCAGGAAGCAGUUUAAAGACAUUGACUCCAUUGAGUUUAAAGUGGAGGUGAUGCCAGCAGGGCUAAAGCCGUCGCUGCCCCCAUCUCAGGGAGUGUUUAUUUCCGGUCUUCAACUCCACAACGCUCUCUGGGAUAUAACGCGGGCCGUCAUGAUGCAGCCCACACCGGACAGUCCCAGCCACCAGGAUAUGCCUAUAUUCUGUUUAAAACCACUCGACGCGGGUGCCCAGACCCCACGACGCCUGUAUAAGCUUUACAGAUGCCCCGUUUAUUGCACGAGAGGCUCAAGCCAGCACGGAGACUCCAGUGUAGUUGUUCACUUCUCCUUGCCUACACUAUGUGAGCCGUCCAUCUGGCAGUACCAGAGAGCAUUCUUGUCCGCUGCUGUACCUUCAAGCUAAAAUUGUUAUUUCAAGAACUUUAUUGACUGUGAUAGUUUUAUAUUUAUUUAUUAUACUUGCUUAUUAAAUGAUGCACAUACUGUAGUGGUGACUGCUUCAUUAUGUGAUAAAACAGUGACGUUAACUAUGUUAACACGCGUGUUUGAAAUUUAAAAACAUGAACAAUUCACUAUGUCUAGACUGCACAAUGAUCAAAUUGUGAAUUAAUGUUAUACUUAUUGGUGAACCGUUUUAAACUUAUUUAUACACUGAUAAAUCUACAUUUUGUGUUUAAAUUAAAGUCUUUAAUAACCUAUUCGAUCGUACUAUCAAAAUGAUGAAAAUCAAAGAACUUUUUAAGACACUGGAUUGUUAAUUUUCUGCUUCAUGGUUCACAUCUUAAGUUGUUGCCAAGCACAAUCUGAAAAAACAAUUUCUCUUAAGCAAAAACGUUAUUUCAGUAAUAUUGGCAGAAAAAUAGGAAACCUGUCCCUAAUGUGUAUCCAAUUAUGUGUGAACAUUAUUAUCGUCUGUUCUCCAGAUACUAAAUAAGCAUCUUCGUUUAAAUUCAGAAAUGUCGAAAUAAAUCCGUCCAUAUUUGUUGAUGCUGUAUUUUAUCUGUGAUAUUUUACAAUUUCUUAAAAGAUGACAUCACAUUUCCACAGUACAAUUUAUUAUUGGUGUUAUUUUGCUUAAUGAACUAGUACUGUAUUUUUCUAUAAAUAAAUUGGUUGAUUUUC